ACGCGCACGCACGCGCGCCACGCCCCACCCCGUACGGCCCCACAAAUCCAGAGGCGGCGAGGCCCGGGUUGUCUAGGCUCCGGGAGGUAAUGCCCCGGAAGGCAGGGAACUUGGAAGAGGCCGAGGCCGGUGUGGAGGAGGUGGACGCGGAGGAGGUGGGCCCUGAAGAGUACGGCGGGGAGGAGUCGGGCGCCGAGGAGUCUGGCCCGGAAGAGUCUGACCCCGAGGAGCCGGGAGCCGAGGAGGAGAUGGAGGCUGGGCAGCCGCGACCGGUGCUACGCUCAGUGAACUCUUGCGAGCCGUCUCAGGUCAUCUUCUGCAACCGCAGUCCGCGCGUCGUGCUGCCGGUGUGGCUCAACUUCGACGGCGAGCCGCAGCCGUACCCGACGCUGCCGCCCGGCACGGGCCGCCGCAUCCAUAGCUACCGAGGUCACCUUUGGCUUUUCCGAGAUGCAGGGACAUAUGAUGGGCUUCUGGUUAACCAAACUGAACUAUUUGUGCCAUCUCUCAAUGUUGAUGGACAGCCUAUUUUUGCCAACAUCACACUGCCAGUGUAUACUCUGAAAGAGCGGUGCCUCCAGGUUGUCCGAAGCCUAGUCAAGCCUGAGAAUUACAGGAGACUGGACAUCGUGAGAUCACUCUAUGAAGAUCUGGAAGACCAUCCGAAUGUAAGGAAAGACCUGGAGCGGCUGACACAGGAGCAUAUUGAAAACCAGCGGAUGGAAGGGGAGACUGAAAUGAAAUGAAAUGAAACUGAAAUGAAAUUUGCACUCCUGAGUCUCGGCCUUAGAUGGUACUGACUGGUCUUGAUCUACAUUUAGGACUGGUCACUUAUUCUCAGAUUCAAGGUGUCUCAUUCCCGGAGGGAAAAAUCCUCCAUUGCUUAAAGGAAAGUUAACUGACUUCACUAGGCAUUGUGAUGUUUAGGGGCAAAUGUCACAAAAUGUAAUUUAAUGCCUGCCCUUUCUAUAAGUAUUCAAGUGUUCAUCAAGUAGUUGCAUUUUUGCCUCCUAGUAAGUCAGGAAAGUUUGUAUGUAAGGACUUUUGUGUAAGUGCUUCAAUGAGAAUUGCAGCAUACUCUAAAAUUGUAAGAAAGCAGUUGCAUCUGCUUUUAAUUGCUGUGUUGUGGUUGGUGACAUGUCAGCCUCCCACUUGGAGAAGACAGACAUGUCCUUGAGGCAGGGACAAGUCUGUCUUCUCUUUGAGACCCCAGUGCCUCACACAUUAUGAGCCUUCAGUCAGUGUUUGUUGAAUGAACAAACCAGUGGAUACUUUGGUAGAAAGUGUUUGGAGGUUUUGCCCUUUUUUGGGGGGUGGGGAGGUGGGACCUUAGGUGUAUACCAUAAAAAAAUGUUUUAAAGGGAAUUACUUUUAUAGAAAGCACUUUUUAUAACUUUCUAAAUUUUGUGCUUUUCUGUGUCCGCUGUUGUUGCAGUGCUCUUUUAUUUGUUUCUAAACCAGGAUUAGCUUUGUGGUGAUCACUUUUUUUAAACUUGACAGCUGAACUGAAGAUAGGAGAAAAUAGCUGUCCUCUUAAUUCUAGUAUUAAGGAGCUACUGCUGUACUGCAAAUAGGUUUUUGCCAAGUGUGGAUAUUUCUGUUACUUUUUGUAAAUCCAUUACAUUUCUGUUUGGCUUAGCAUUUUUUUUUUUUUUUUUUUUUUUUUUUUAAUGCUGCCAGCAUUUUAACCAGGGGCCAGUGGUUUUGGGCGCUGGGGACCACUGAGGAGAGCCACUCUUGGGUUCAUGUGGACUCACGAGGCUGCCUGGUUUAGCAUUUUUCAUCAGGCAGGAACUGGUGAGACUUUGCACCUGGCUGGAAGAGAGAUGGAGGAAGGAAGCCCUCCAUCUCUGGGAUUACUCACAACACAGAAUGGAUUCCUGGAGUAGCUAAGAAUGUUUUAUAGUUUUAUAAAUGUACAAAUCCUUUCUUACAGGCUGGACUUAAAUUGAUUAAUUCAAAUGCAAUACUUCUAUCAGUCUUAUUUUUUUUUGGUAACUAAUAGUUUAAAAAAAAAAUCCCCCCAGUAGAGAACAUUUUGGUAAAGACAGUAAAGUAAAAGGAAAAAAAAAAAAAGAUCACUGUAGAUACAUUACUUGAAUACAGCCACUAAACAUUUUGAACUUUUAGCCUCUUUAGGGCAUCUUGUGGUUGGUUUGGUUUUACAUAGUUAAAAUCAUACUGAAUAUACAGUUUUGUAUUCUACCUUCUCAGUUAUAACUUUAUAACUUAAAUAUUUUCCCAUGGUAUUAUAAGCUCUUUUCAGACAUUAGUGCGGUCUUCCUUUUGUAAACAGUGGGAUAUUUCUUGGUAUCUCUAGUUCCUGUACUAACCUUUGAGCACAAUUCCUGUGCUCUGAAAUCAGCAUGAACAAGACAAUGCUCCACAGUUUCCCCUAGACUUUGUUUCACCUAAUCUUAAGCCCCUCUUUCAACAUUCAACAAAUCGAUUAGCUUUUGUUUCUUAAACGCACUGUAGCACUCAUUCAGUGACACACCUCUCAGUGUCUGCCGUGUUACGAGCUGUUGGGUGGGAAGAAAGAAAUCCUGGGGAGCUGGUAGCAGUACAUAUUUGAGGGUGGGAUGGGAUGGGGGAUGUAAGAACGUAAGGAUUAGUUCAAUGUUGGUUGUUUUUUUUUUAAACCUGUCUUUGUCCAAAUGAAAUUCGUGUUUCUCUUGUGAAACCAUGUAGAUUGAGUACUGUGUUGUUUUGUGUGUUGUCCAGGAGGAUUAAAAACCUGUAGCAUGAAUAAUAUGUUUUUCAUUUGAAAUCUUAUGACUGUAUCAAAUGUAUUGCUCUUAAGAGACUGUGAUGUUUUCCUAUUUUGAGUUUAAAAAAACCUGUUCUUUAAUACAUUAAAUGGUGCUGAGUAAAGAAAAUA